AUUGUGGUGGGUGGUGUAACUCCGCCUAUAUUUUUUCACUGCAACAAUGGCUGAGAGUAGGAAAGUUUCUAAACAGGUCGAGUACUUAACUCAAACAUUGCGAGACGCUCAACAGUUAAUGCAAAUUAAUGAGAGAAUGUUGCAGGCUGAUUGCCAAUCUCGUCAGCAAAAUGCUACCGCGCUGCAGCGCGGACAUAGUACAGACGUGAAAACAUCUUCAGCAGGCUCUGACCAGAUUAGCCAUAUUAGGAAACAACUGGAAGUGCUAAAAGAGCAAGUGAAGUUAAAGGAAGAAUUACGUUUGCAAGAAGAGCUAGAGCAAUUGUCGCAACACUUAAAGCAGAAUUGUGGGGGUAGAGGUGUCAAUCAUCAAGUCCCAUUAAGACAAAGCCAUGAUAAGAUGAAUCAUAGACCCAAUUGUGAGUGCAACUGCAUUAGCCAGCAGUACUUGUAUGAAGGAAAAGUAAGAGAAAUGGAGAAAGAACUGUCAAAGUUAAGCAAGUGUAUUUUUGACACUCAGCAAACCAUGAAGGAUCAAGAGCUUCAAAUAAGGAAGGCACACGAGAGUAUCAUGGAGAGAGAUUUCCAGAUUGAGAGGUGUCAGGAUUUAAUUGUAAAGCUGGAGUGUGAACUAAGCGAAGCACUAGAGAAUGUAAAGCAGCUAUGCUUUGAGAAAAUGGAACUAUCCUCAAAAGUAGCAGAGAAAGACAAAGCAAUUGUUAGCCUACAACAUGAUGUAAAUAAAUUGACUAAAACAAAUGAAACUCUAUGCAAUACUCUUGAUAUGAUAAACAUGGAAGAAGAAAAGUCUUCAAGCUAUCGAGAGCCUCUACACUGUAAAGAGGUAGAACCAGUUACUUGUAUUCAUGUAUCAUCACCGCGUUGUACUAAUAAUCCUGGAACAGUCACCCCAACUACUUGCAACUGUUGUCAUUCACCUAAACAGAAUGAUACAAGUGAAAAAGAACAGUCAAUCAUAGAUGAGGAGAGACAGACCAUAGCUUCAUUGCAAGACCAGGUUUAUGCAUUGAAGAUACAAUUGUUGGAUGAGAAAUCUGUUACUGAAGUGAUGCGUCAACAGAAUCAACUAGCAAUUGAGGGUCACCAGCAACUAGGAUCAGAUCUAACAAAAUCAAUGGAGGACUCAGAGAAGCUAAGAAGGAAGUACAUUAAAGCUAAGAAACACUUUGAAGAAAAAGCUGCUUUGCUGGAAGAGAAGAUAAAUGAGGCACAUUGUCAAGAAAUAAACAACCUCAGGGAAGAACUGAUUGAUAAAGAGAGAAGCCUUUCUGAAGAGCUGAAGGAACGAGAGACACUCCUGCUAAUAAUAAGUAGAGAAAUUGAUUCACUGAUAUUGAUACUUGAUGGUCAAUCUACUGUCAAUACUGAAGCGUUGGUGGGAAGAUUCAUUCCAACCGAUGUUAUGAGUAAACUCCGUUGGGUAUGGAAAGAGGUGACUAGCCUCAAAAAGGAGGAGCAGGGACUACGAAAAUCACUUGAUGAGCAAAAAGACGUUAACAUAAUGCUGCAAGCUAAAGUAAGAGCAUUCAAUGAUGAGGUGCUAUCAUUACCAAAGGACAGAGGAUUGCUGCACCAAUCAUUCUGAGUAACAUAAUUAUCAUGAUACAUGUACCUGUAGUACUGGCUUAUUAUUUUAACUUCUACCAUCUUUUCUUUUAUUAAUAUGUGUAGCAACUCAGUGAUCACCACUUUUUCUCUUUAUUACAGUUUUUCUGUAUAAAACCUUGUAAAAUCAUUCUGUAUAAAUACUUUUUAAAAUCCUUUGCCUUGGAGGUCUUCCUAAUAU